AUGACGGGCCAAGCAUUACGAGACCAAGAACUGUUGAUCAAUUCUGCAUACUUUGGAUCUGGAAAAACAAGAUUGGGUGUUGAAUUCCUCGCACUUUGGAAAAAGCGAAUGUCAAAACAUCCGGAGAUGAGAAAAAAAUUUGAAGCCGAUUAUUCUAAAGCAGCAGUAGAGCAAUUAGAAAAAUCCAAAGUGAUAUAUGUUGACUGUAGAACGUAUCGUAUCAUUAACAACAACUUGCAAGAGACUUUUUCGAAACUGACAGCUGAUAUAGAAAGAUAUAUUGGAGGUAGUAUUACAAGUACUCCUUGUUAUAUCAUAAUUGAUGAAAUAGGCUCUUGGGUAAACUAUUAUGAGCCACUACGAAGGCCCAACAUUCAUCGUUACUUUUGCGCCAUGUAUGACAUUUUGAACGAAUUUAUUUUACCCUUUCAAAAAAUAUCUACCGUUAGUUUGUAUGUGUGUGGAAAGGGAGCUUUUUUUUUAGACAUUAUUGGACAUGGAAAACUUCGCCCAACAUCACAAUCACCAACAAUUGUCAAAGCGGUUCAUUUGGAAGCGCUCUCAAGAAAACAUAUUGAAUCAGGAAUUGUUAACUCUGAGUUUGUUGGAUCCCUCGUUUCACACUUUAAAGAAUUGAAUUUGUUUGAUUAUUUCCUUGACCAGAUACAAGAAGAAACUCAAGGAGUUCCCAACUAUGUAGUUCAUUACGUUUUCAAUAACCGUAAACUGCUAUUGAACUGCAAAACAAAAGAAAAUAUUGAUCAGGCACUUGUUCAAAUUCGUUCAACACUUUCCACUGCUUUCAAAGCUCCAUUCGAACAAUUCUCUAACCAUCCAAUCUUGAUGAAAGUCUAUCAAUAUUUACUCUUUGCUGGUAUUUCAAAACUUGAAGCUACCACAACAUUUAAAAUGGAAGAAUUUACUACAAACGGAACAGAAUUUGAAGGCGUUACUAACCUCAGUACUUAUGAUAUUGCAACAAUGUUGAAUUGUUUUCUACAACCAGUGAAGGAAAAUAGAUAUCGUCUCUUAUUUCCAAAGGCAAUCAUUGAUCAAUAUGUAACAUCAGCUACAGCUUCUUCAAACAUGUUAGCGAUUUCACAUAUUGUCGAAGAAUAUGGUCCAGUCCUUUCUCUUGGAAACAUUAUGGAGCAUCUAACACUAGUCAACUUCAGGCUUAGAAUGAACUGGGGAUCAAUUCAAAAACUAAAUAUUGGAGAAGUCUUUCCAUUCUUAAAGAAUACGUGUGUUGAAAAUAUUCCUUGCAAGCCUUUGGAAGUGGUAAACUUACGAAUGAAAUUGAUGACCAAUGAAACAAGUAACUUGAACAGUUGGAAGAAGGUUAUUGCCAUGUUGGAUGGAGGAAAACUUGGAUGUUUCUAUGAUCAUUCACAUUCACCUGACAAGAUUUGGCAAAUCAAUUUGGGAUCAAAGAAGAUUUUUAUUAUGAUUCAAGAUAAGAAUGUUGGAGAAUUAUCCAUUUCUAAAUUGCGUGAGGAAAUUGACAAGAAUGAAAAAAUUAGAAAGGCACUCGAUGAGACCAUUGAAACUAAAUUAAUAAUGGUAUUUAUGGUGAGAGGAAAUACCAAGUUCUCAGGACAUUAUCUUGGUGGAACCACUAUUGGAGGAAUUCCAUUACAUCGACAUACAUCUGUGAUUAUUCUGACUGAAGAAGAGAUUUCAGAUUUUUUGGGAGACAAGAAUCUUGAAGCACUUCAAAAACUAUCAGGAUUGAAAAAGGGUUUGGAAGUGCACGUUUCUCUCCAGAGGCUUUUUUCAUGA